CUGAACCGUACUUAAUUCGAAUAUCGAAAAAGAGAGAGAAACCAUUGUUCGCAAACGCUCCUCCAUAAAAAAAAACUUUUUUCCCUACAAUCUGUCAAACGAUGUGUAUGUCAAUUGGAUAUAUAAGUGGCUACCAAUAAAAAAAAACACACAAACCAAAAGAGAGUUUAUUGUUUGUGUUUUUCCGUCGUUGUUAAAAACAAUUACUGUUCAUUGUUGAGCAGAUUGUGAAUAAUUUGGAAUAAUCGAUAUUCGUUAAUUUGCGUGCAUUGUUUCCAAGAAUUUGAUCAAGAGCGUUUUGCUGAGUUUACCGUUCACAUUGAACAACAUUUAUUACGAAUUUGGGGCAUUCAAGUGAAAUCGAUGAAAAUGGAAAAUCCAACUGGAACCGGACCCCUUCCAUUGCCACCGCACAGUGCGUAUGCAGCUGCAAAUGAUUUAUCAUUGUUUAAAAAUGAGUUUGGACCAUCAAAUGCGGCCGAAUUGCCGCAAUAUUUUUACAAUGGUUAUAAUCCAGCAAACGGUUGGUUUCAAUCCGAUAAUAAUCAACAAUCGGCGACAAAUCAAGAUAUGACAAACUGUCGUAAACCAAAUAAUUCACAAUACGAAGAUGAGUUCAACGCAUUGAAACGGUCAUUCAAUGAACCGAUGUUUGUCAUCAAUGAUACGCCCGAAGUGAGACAAUUGUCACAAUAUUUGGCCGAAAGUUAUCCAAUUGAAAAACGAAAUGGCCAAUACAAGUGUCCAUUGUGUGAAAAACUAUUUAACGGUUCGGCAUUGGCACGUCGUCACGUUUACACACAUUCAGUUGAUAAAGUGUUUGCAUGCGGUAGUUGUCAAAGAAAAUUCUCACAUGCUCGCCAUCUUCGCGAUCAUAUUCGAUGUAAACAUGGCAAUCCGGCCAAUCUACCCGAACGGCCGGUGAAUCGUUCAAAUAGCAGCCGUUCGUAUGACAUCUCAAAUGUAUCGCACAUUGGUAAUCAUUUUAUGAAUGUGUCAAGUGGCCAUUCAAUGGUGUUGACUGGUGAAGCUGGAAGUACGGCAUUUCAACAGGAAUUCGAAGCACUUCAAGCAUUAUAUAAAGACAACAAGGCAAUCAUUGUAAAUGAUUUACCCGAAAUACGUGAAAUCUCACAAUAUCUUAUGCCGAAUUAUGAAUUCUCCAAGAUAAACGAUCAAGUAAUGUGCCCCUUGUGCGAUGGUUUAUUUAACAGUAAAUCAACGGUUCGUCGACAUUUGACCAAUCAUUUGAAGGUGAAAAUGUUCCGUUGCGGGCAAUGUGAACGUGAAUUUCGGCAUGCACGUCAUUUGAAUGAGCACAUCAAGAGCAAACAUCAUUCGAAUUUUUACGAAGGCAGUAGCUCAAGUGCCGAUCACAAAGCCGGCAGAAGUAAAUCGAUUGCCGUCAAAUCCGAACCGUAUGAUACAAAUAAAAAAGUCGAAUGCUACAUUUGUCACACGAAAUUCAAGCGUCGAAGCAAUAUUAAAACGGCGGCCGGAUCAUAUGGCGAUGUGAAUUGUUGUAAUGCAUGCAAUAAAAAUAUUUCACGGCGUCCAACAAUGGCAAAUGUUCGAAUACCGAUUGUCGAUGAUAAAAAUGUACGUCAUAUGUCGAAACAUGAUAAUGAACCAAAGUAUAAGUGUGACAUAUGCAAUGAAACAUUCAAUCGAACCGAUAAAUUAUUGAAUCAUCGACGCACACACAAAGAACCGAUGAAAUUCUACUGCAAAUUCUGCAAUCUUGGAUUCAUGGAUCAAAAAUCGUAUGCCACACAUGAAAUGCAACACACAAAACCACCGUAUGAUGAUCGAAGGAAACCAGAAAUACCAAACCCAAUUCAUAUGGCUAUGGGCAUGCCCAUCCAGUAAUUUUACUAGUUUUGUUUAUUUCUAUUAUUCGGACUGAAAUGAGAGAGAGAGAGAGAGAGAAACGACAACAGUAACAAUAACAAUUAUUACAAAAAAAAAACAACAAAAACAACAGCAACAUAAACGAAACACAAGAAGAAGAGAUAAAAACGAUCAAAUCGUACAUUAGAUUGAGGUUCAUUUAUCCAGUUAUAUUUAUACACAACUUUUUUUUCGAAUCCCAUGACGUAUUUUGUAGCACAUUACCCCCAAAUUUAAUUAAUUAAUAUUUGACUACUUAAACGUGUAGUAGGAAUAGCAUCUCAGAACGCAGAAACUGCAAACGAAGAGAAAAAAAGAGAUGAAAAAAAAGCAAAGAGGAAAAAACAUCAGGAACAAAAAAAAACAUAAACUCUAGAGUUAAAAACUGACUUAAGGAUUUAGAAUCUGUUCGUAAAAUUAAUCCACAUUUUUUUCACCGACACAAACACACAAUUUUAGCAAUUAUUAUGAAAAUAAUUUGCAUUCAUUUUCAAGCGCAUAUAUUUAUAAAUUAAGCACCCACAUUACUAGAUCUUAGCUUCCAAGGGAAACAAUCGAAACAAAAAAAAAAAAAA